AGCAAAAAGAUGAACAGAUCUCCCAUUUUUCGUAUGACGCCGGAGGCCAACCACUACAGCGACUACGGAUUCGACCCCCAAAUCGAUUACUUCCAGGUGCUGGAGGAGGCGCGGCGAAACUCGAAGCGCGGCGACCAGCGUCCGCUCGGCUGCCUGCACUGCAAGCUCCAGAAGUUUAUUUUCAAGGACGACGUCAAGUCCAAGAAUCACCGCCGCGGGUGGUGGAAAUCCGCCCUCGUCUUCUGGAGGCGCCCGCGCCCCAAGGUCGGGUCCGACUCCUACGAGCAGCGCCGCGCGGCGCGGCGUCCCUACACCCGCAGGGCUGCCGUCUCGGGGCCUCUCUACACGACCGAGAGCGGCGGCGUUGGGCGCCGCACCUGCCGCCCGAUCUCUGGUCGACUGACGGCGGCAGAGUUCGGCGCAGAGGCGGCGGGGCUGGCGUAUCUCAGACUCAGGGAGCUCAACCUAGUCGGCGACCGUCCGACGGCCCUCUCCCCGGCGGCACCCAUAUACAUCGUCACAUGAACCGCGCGCCGCCAUCUCCCCUGUUUAGGUUUUGUGGGGGCUCUGUUUUUGCGAGUCUUCCGGUGCCACACCUCUCAGCAAAAGUACGCUUUCUGGCAUCUAAUCGGAACGGCGAAGGCUUCUACCGGCAAAAAGUACGUUUCCUUUUCGUUGGUUUGUUUCCACAAACCACUUUGCUUAUUCCUGUCUUUCGAUCAUACCCUACGAAAACUUCACGUGCUUUGAUUUGGCUUCGGAACGGAACCACCAGCGGGCGUUGAGCCACCGUCGUCGAUGUUUUUACAU